AUGACAGUUGAUUGCAAAUUGUUCAUAUCUAUCUAUUUCCUUUUUCUUUCUUUUAUCUUUCUUUUAUUCUUGUAUAUUUCUUUCUUUCUUUUCCCACUCUCUCUCUCAUCAGCAGCCUAUCAAAUUAACUUUCUCCUUCGUUCUUUCUUUUUUUCUUUCUUUCUUUGCAUUAGUAAACAAUUUCUUUUGUUUUUUGUUGUUUUUUCUUUAUUUAUUUCCAAAUCAUUUCUUUCUUUCUUUCUUUCUUUCUUUCUUUCUUUCUUUUCUGAAGACCUUUCUUUUUUAUUUACUCUCCAAGUUUUUUUCUUCUUUUCUUUCUUUUUUUCUUUGUCUUUUUACUUUCUUUCCUUCUUUCUUUCUUUCUUUCUUUCUUUCUUUCUUUCUUUCUUUAUUUAUUUAUUUAUUUCUAUUCAUUUUCUUUGUUUCUUUAUCUCUCUGUAUAUCUCUAUUACACACACUCUCUCUCUCUCUCUCUCUCUCUCUCUCUCUCUAUCUAUCUAUUUUAUCUCUUCAUUCAAUCAUCUAUCUAUCUAUCUAUCUAUCUAUCUAUCUAUCUAUCUAUCUAUCUAUCUAUCUCAUCAGCGGCCUAUCCAAUUAACUCUCCUCUCUUUCUUUUCUUCUUUCUUUCAUUAUUUCUUUCUUUUUCCUUUCUUUCUUUAUUUCUAUUCAUUCCCUCUCUAUCUAUCUUUCUAUUACACACACUCUCUCUCUAUCUCAUCAGCGGUCUAUCCAAUUAACUCUCCUCUCUUUCUUUUCUUCUUUCUUACUCUUUGA